AGUAUUAACUUAGAAAUACCUAGAGGCGUGUUUUACUCGCAGUGCAAUCACUUACAAUAUUUAAUUGGAUAUCUAAUUCUACUGUUUUCACAUAUUCAAAUAUAUCCCGUUCCCGCCACAAACAAAAAUAUAUCAUGUUGGCAGAACUGAUUCACUUCCGCUAGGUUUUUCUGCACAAUGGCUGUUUGUGUCGCUGUUAUUGGAAAAGAUAAUUCUCCUUUGUAUAUCGGUGGCGUGGGAAAUGACACAAACACCGAUAACGAACUUUCUAGACAGUGGCUUGUCCACACAGCUCUUGAUGCCCUGGAAGAACGUUUAGCGACAACCAACACCAAUACCGCAAACUCUGCUUCAAAUGCAUCUCGCACUGAUUUACGUGAUUUGUAUUUGGGAUUACUUUAUUCGACAGACACACAUAAGAUAUAUGGAUAUGUGACCAAUACAAGGAUUAAACUUGUUCUUGUAACAAGCUCAACAUCGCCAAGUGGUAGUAAUAUACGAGAUGCUGAAGUACGGACUGCUUUACGAAGAUUACACUCGUUGUAUGCCGAUGCCAUUUGUAAUCCAUUCCAUUUGCCCGGUGAACAAAUUACAUCAUCAAAAUUCGACAAACAAGUGAAGAAUUUACUGUUAAAUAAUGUUUAGUCUGUCUUUAGUUUGGACAAUAUUAGUUGAAGAAACUAUAAUGUAGCGAUUAUGUUUUGCUAUGAGGACACAACGAUCCUGACCUUCUUGUCUUUAAGAAAUAUUCGUGUUACUGAUAUAAUUAU